AUGGCGGUUGCAAUAUAUGGAGACAAAUCAGCUUUUUAUAACUGUGGUUUUAUCGGAAUACAAGAUACACUUUUUGAUGGUCCAGGCCGUCAUUACUAUAAAUCUUGCUACAUUGAAGGUGCCGAGGAUUUUAUCUGGGGCUAUGGUCAAUCUGUUUUUGAGAGUUGCACAAUAAAUGUCACAUCGGUGGAAUUGAUUGGCGGUAUUGGAUAUAUUACUGCUCAAGGACGACAAUCGGAACAAGAUCCAGGUGGCUUUGUGUUCACAAAUGGUAAUGUUGUUGGAAAUGGGAAGACAUUCCUUGGAAGAGCAUAUAGCCCAUUUUCUAGAGUUAUUUUCUCUCAAAUGACUUUGAGUUCAAUUGUGGAUCCAUUAGGAUGGUCUGCUUGGAAUUUUGGAGAGGAUCUUUCACGCAUGUGGAGGCUGGUUGCCGAGGACCAGGGGCCGACACUUCACGACGGGCACCUUGGACAAAGAUAG